AUGUCUGCGACAAAGAUAAUAUACGGGACUGCCUGGAAGAAAGAGAAGACAAAGGCGCUGGUCGUCAGUGCCGUCCUGAGCGGUUUCCGGGCAGUCGAUACAGCUUGUCAGUUGAAGCACUACCGAGAGGAUCUUGUAGGAGAAGCGCUACAGACGUUGUACGACGAGCAUGGCUUCAAGCGAGAAGACCUCUGGUUGCAGACGAAAUUCACGUCCAUAAGCGGACAAGACCGCUCACAGCCGCUUCCUUACGAUCCGUCCGAUGCACUUCCGGCUCAGAUCGCGUCCUCUUUCGCCAAGUCCCUCUCGAACUUACGCACAUCGUAUCUUGAUAGCUAUAUCUUGCAUAGCCCGAUGCGAACGUAUCAGGAUACGCUCGAAGCCUGGCGGGUGCUCACGGGAUUGGCUGAGAGUGGUCAAGUCAAGCAGAUCGGUUUGAGCAAUGUAUAUGAUGCCGAGAUGCUGGAACGUCUGGUGAAGGACAGCGGUCGCAAGGUGGAUGUAGUACAAGAUCGGUGGUACGAAGGCAAUGGAUGGGACGUAGACGUAGUGAACUGGUGCCGCCGAAACGGUGUGCAGUACCAAUCGUUCUGGACGUUGACGGGAUCUCCUCACUUGGUUGGGCAUCCGGCGGUUGCGAAGCUGGCGCGGGAAAAAGGAUGUUCUCCGGAAGAAGUAGUCUACAAGUUCGCGCAGUCGGUGGGAGUGACGCCGCUGAGCGGGACGACGAGCGAAGCCCACAUGAAGGCGGACGUGGCGGUCGAGAGAAAGGUCGAGCUGGGGGCGGAGGACGUUGAGGCGCUGAGCACGUUGAUCGCGUAUGUGUAG